UUUAUUUUGUUGUUUUUAUUGAUUCUAUAUUAUUUUGACAAGAUUUUUCAUGAAAAUCCAAGAUAAUGAAAAUAACUCGAUACAAACGUGCCCAACGGCAUUUGUUAUUUUAUCGUAAUUAUUUCGAUUUUCGACCACCGUACCAGAUAAUUUUGGAUGCAACAUUCUGUCAAGCUGCUUUGAAGAAUAAAAUCAACAUUAAAGAACAAAUUCCAAAAUAUUUAAAUGAUGAUGUUAAAUUAUUGACAACUGUUUGUGUUGUCAAUGAAACAGAAAGACUUGGCCAUUCGAUUUAUGGUGCAAUGCUAGUUAUCAAACAAUUUCCAAUCCAUAAAUGUGGCCAUGAAAAGAAUCCAAUUUCAGCAAAUGAUUGUAUUUUUUCUUUACUACAACGAAAAGAAGAGCAUUAUUUUUUGGCCACCCAAGAUCAAGAUCUUACGGAGAGAACGCGAUCGCUUGCCUAUGUUCCUAUUUUAUUCAUCAAAACGAAUACCAUAAUUUUAGAGCAACCAGCUGUCGAAGCCAAAGACAAAGCUAUUGAAUCACAACAACGUUUUCAUCAAGUCGAUUCUCAUCAGUUUCAAACGUUGAAAAAAUUGAAAAAGAUUGAAUCCUUAGACAAACCAGCACAUGUCAAACGGAAACGUAAAGGUCCAAAAGGCCCGAAUCCAUUAUCAUGCAAAAAGAAAAAAAGCGUGGCUCCAAAUAAGGCAUCAUCGAACACGAAUGUGGCUGUGAAACAGGAUGGUAAAAAGAAACGAACACGAACCAAACGUAUACCUAACCAUAUUAAGCGAAUGUUUCAGAAAAUUGAGUCAGAUCUAAGCCUGAAACAACAAUCAUCUUCAUCGUAGUUUUUUUUAUACAUUUCGAUUGUCAAUUUUUUUAUAUAAUCUAAUA